GAAAUCUUUCAGUUUAAACGUGUCAGUUGUCUUAUUUGACGUUUAAGAUUAACCCCCAAACAAAAAAUAGAAACAUUAGUGUUUAAAAAAGAAAAAUGUCUUAUAGCGUUAAUAUAUCAGUUGAAGCACCUAUUGAAAAUCAAAUACAAGAAAUAACAUAUGACGGGACAGAAAUAUAUCAACCUCCUUUAACUUUAUCCGAAAGUCUUGCGAAGUAUGCCCAAAAAAUAGAUUUUAGUAAAACUUCAGAAUUAGAUGUGAAAAAAGAGGAAUCCAACGAAGACGAUAAAUCAGAUACUGAUAGCAAAGACGCUUUUCAGUCUUCAUUAUGGCCAUGGGAUUCUGUAAGAAAUAAACUAAGAAGUGCUUUACAGGAAAUAGGCGUUUUAGCUGAUGUCCUAGUAAUAUCUAAAGACAAGAGAUAUUUAGUGCUUGAUCCUGUCCAACAGGAACCAUUGGAAACUAAACCGAUGGUACAAAUUUAUGCAAGAAAAAAAGCAUUAGCAGGCGCAGCUAGCGUACUUCUAGCUGGAGCUGAAAAAAUGAAAAAUUCACAAAACGAAACAGCAAGGAGUCGCACAACUUUGGAUUUUCAUAUAGAACUUUUAAGGUUAAGGCAAAACUGGCGAUUAAAAAAAGUAUCAAACACAAUUAUAGGUGAUUUAAGUUAUCGAACCACUGGCUCCAAAUAUUUACAAACUGGAACAUUUGAGGUAACCAAAGCUGAAGAGGACGAAAAAGGAAUUAGUCCUCCAAGCAGCCCAUUACCAGGAGGAUCUGCUCCUUUAAAACCUACUAGUGCUUUAAGAGUAUCCAUACCUACUGAACUACAGGGUGUUGCUUAUAUCGAAGUUCUAUGUCAGAAAGAUCAAGAAGACCUUUGUAGCGCUAAUCUAUGCAUGCUAGGUUCAGGUCCACCACCUUCGAACCCAGAUAUGCAUUGGCAACAAAAACUUGAAGCUGCCCAAAAUGUCCUGUUUUGUAAGGAAUUGUUCAACCAGUUAGCCAAAGAGGCAGUUCAAUUACAAGCUCCUAUUCCACAUAUGGUUGUCGGUAACCAAAUUAUGGCAACAGUUCUUCCAGGAAUUCAGUUGAUCAUCGGAUUGAGACAUUCUACUUCUGGUGAUAAAAAGCAACCGAAUCCGCCACCUUCUAAAAGCGAUCACGAUCACGUUUUAGAACAUUCGUUGCAUCAACUUCUUAGAGAAGUACAUCAUAAAAAUACACAUCAUCCGUUUCCGCAUCCAGCUACAGGACCGUUAGGACCGUCAAAAAAAAGGAUGUUGGCAGGUCCAAUGGCAGCCGAUCGUUACGAACUACUUGAAAUGACAAAAACUCAAACGCUUUUAGAGCAGAUAGUUCAACAAGCACAGCAUUUUAUAAUGAGAAUGCGAACGGAAUACGUCUUAGAUACAAUCGCAAAAGAAGUAAAAGAUCCUUUAAUUACCUCACAUUGGAAUACAUUGAACAGUCCGACUCAAUCUUGUGUGAAAAUUCACAUAUCGACUCAUGGGUAUGAUGCUGUUUGUAGGACUCCGCUGAUUAUACACGUUGGGCAAAAAAAUCUGAAAUGCAUUUGUAGAGAUGGGAAAGUGAUGAACAUGAGUUACGAACCUCAAGAAUUGCGAGAUUUGAUUUUUUGUCACAUUAAUCAGCAUCAGAUUUUAGCAGUACAGGCAUUGGCGAAGACGAUGGGUUGGCAGGCAUUAGGAAAUUCCAAUCAUUUAGGUACCGGAACAGUCGAACCACUAGGUAACGCUAGCUCUUGUCUUCUAUCAUCGCCUACAGGAGAUAGAAUAAUAGCGGUACGUUGCGAACCAUCCACCGGUACCCAAGUAUCAGUAGCCCAUUCACCACGAACCGACUUUUUUCCUAGUAGACUAGUAACCGAAAGAAAAUGGGAACAUUUAGGAGGACAAUUCAGAGACGUAAGAUUAGAUAAGAUGGAGGGAAGGAACUUUUUACAUAAAAUGGAACUACUCAUGGCUAGUUUGACUAGUAGUUCUUAAAAUAGUUUUGUUUUUACUAAAGUAUCGAUAUUAUAGAUAAUUCGUAAAAUCGA